UUGCGGGGGGUGUCUUGCCUCGACUCAGUACUGCCAGCUCUUGACAUGACCAACCUAGACUUGCCGUUGUUUGUGCGGAAUUCUGUGUAUGCUGGGCCAACUCUCAGUGCGCUGGCGCUGAAGACAGGAUCCGUGCUGCCUGCCAACACUGAGGCCAUCUUCGAUUCUUUGCUGUUGCCGCAGGGCGUUGCAUGUCUUGGCCUUGCCUUGCCAGCGCCCAGCCCUGCUCAGCCAGGCUUUCCAAUGUUUUUGAGAUCCUGCGCUAGGUCAGGUUUCAGCCUAUUUGUCCCAGGCAGCUGCCAGGCUGACUUGUCUUUGUCGGCACUUGGUGUGUGCAGUUUGGGCCUGUCUCUGCUUAUGCGCGGCUUCUUGCAUGCAGACUCUUUGUUGUUUGCGUUGAGGGUUGUAGGCCUUGGCUUGCCGUCGCCCUUGCGCGGAGUCAGCUGGUCGGGCCUGUCCCUGCCGGUUCUUUCUACUGCCCAAUUGGAGUUCUUACCGUUGCUGCAUGGACGUGCCCGUCCUGACUUGGCUUUGCCGCCCUGCAGCAUUGCUCAUGCUGGCGCUGGGCUGUCUGUUGUUGACGUGUCAAGACUAGGCAGCUCUUUGCCUUUGAGGAGCUGCCUCAGGGCAGGAUUGCCAUUGUCAGCCGCCGGAGCAGCAAGGCUGAGUUUGCUACUGUCUGUGCCGGGCGUUGCUGGCUUGGAACUGCUCUUGCCUUCGCGGAGCGUGUCAUGUCUCGGCUUGGUGCUGCCAGCCCUGAGCCACGCAUGUCCAGAAAGCCUUCUGCUUUUGCGGGGUGUGUCUUGCCUCGACUCAGUACUGCCAGCUCUCGACAUGAGCAACCUAGACUUGCCGUUGCUUGUGCGGAAUUCUGUGUAUGCUGGGCCAACUCUCAGUGUGCUGGCCCUCAAGACAGAAUCCGUGCUGCCAGCCAACACUGAGGCUAUCUUCGAUUCUCUGCUGUUGCCGCAGGGCGUUGCAUAUCUUGGCUUUGCCUUGCCAGCGCCCAGCCCUGCUCAGCCAGGCUUUCCAAUGUUCUUGAGAUCCUGCGCUAGGUCAGGUUUCAGCCUAUUUGUCCCAGGCAGCUGCCAG